CCGGUAUGGCCGAGCACGAAGAUGAGGCCGUUGGCGAGCUCGAGUCGCAACUUGGCUGGACUUCAGGCCACUCGGCUGGAGGUGGAUACUUUGUCCAAGGCAACAGACUCUAUAAUAACAGAACUUGGACAUACCGCUUUCCAUCAGAUUCUCAUGAGGUCGUGGUAAGUCUGUGCUCCCGAGGUCCCUCGGCAUGACUGAUAUGGAGCAGAGGAUGGAUAGGCAGCACUUUGUUCUUAUACGGAGCCUUCCAGGAUUGUAUCGAGGUCCAGUGGACGUUGUGCUGAAGAGGCCUGGAAUGCGGAGGCGGAUACUAGAUAUAGGAUGCGGCACUGGUGUAUGGACGUAUGAGAUGGCAGAAGCCUUCCCUCAAGUGGAGUGCGUCGGAAUCGACAUCAUGCCCAUACACCACGAACAUGAUCUUCCCAACCUCACCUUUCUCUGUGCCAACGCUCCAUCAGACCUCCGAACAUUCGCCGACAGUUCUUUUGACGUCGUUCAUCUGCGGCUCAUGUUGACUGCCACAAGCCAGUACGAAGAUAUCGUAAAGGAAGUGCAUCGUAUCCUGAGACCUGGCGGUCUGAUUCUUAUACACGAAGUGCAUGUCACUUUCGUGAGCGCCUGGGAGGGAUUCAGGCCGGAGGAUCUUAUGCCUGCCAUGACUCGGAUGACGGUCCUUAUUCGAGAAGCGUUCCGGUACCGAGGCGUCAGACUGGAUCUCUUUGAAAGCAUGGCCGACGUCCUCUCCUCUGCCGGAUUCAGCCCAGAAGAUACCGACACGUAUUACCACUACCGCCAAGGGUGCAACAACCAACCAGACAGCCAGUUUGGUCAAGAAGAUGCGGAAAACUUUAUCGCAUACGCUUUUGCCUGCCGCCUCGUCCUGCUCGAAUCUGGCGUGAUUGAUGAAGAGGGGUUUGAUCGUCUGUGGAGGCAAAUGUCGCUCGAGGUCAGGGGUCAGUCUUCGGGUGUUGGGGGACCGCUAGGUGGACAGGGGGUGCUCUCGGCUUGGGGAUAUUGGUGGGCUCUCAAGCAUUGA